GCGCAUGCGCAUGAAGCCGGUCCAUGUUGUGGACGUUGGUGUACGACGGUCGAAUUGGAGAAAGGGAUGCGAUUAAGAAAUAACUAGGACGGAUUAUCUGGAUUACAGUACAUGUUACUGUAACGACUUGGCGCGAAUCAGGACAUCCUUACAAUGCAGCAAGCAGUGAUGGAGGAGGAAGCCGCUUAUGAUCCCCCAACCCUUAAAUACGACGACGCUUUUCCAGCGUUGCCUGAGUCAGUCACUUCAACCUCCCCAACCGUAAACCAACUUGGGCAAUGGAAUAAUAAAAUGAGAAUUGGUUCCUCUGUUGUCACCCAGGUUUUCAGAGUGCCUUUUGAGGAACGCAAGUUUGAUCACAGUGAUAAGUUUGGCGAAGGCGAAUCUGUGCGUACUUGUUCAAUGAUCAUGAAGGAGACUGGGGCACAUAUUGAAAUAGCAUCAUCAAAAGACAUGUCUUUGACAUUCCUAGUGACUGGGAAACAGAAUGCAGUAUUGGAUGCAAGACGCAAGAUUCUGACACAUUUUCAAACACAGGCCAGUAUGUGCAUCUCCAUUCCCAAGGAGCACCAUCGUUUCAUCCUAGGGAAGAAUGGGAACAAACUGAAGGACUUGGAAAAGACAACAGCAACCAAGAUUUCUGUACCUAAUAUGGCUGACGGUUCAGAUAAGAUUACUAUAACUGGAACAAAGGAAGGCAUAGAGAAGGCAGUACAUGAAAUCAGAGUAACAUCAGAUGAACAGUCAAAGCAGGCGUAUGAGCGCAUCUCUGUGCCAAAGAUGUACCAUCCAUUUAUCUGUGGAGCACAUAAUGAGAAGGUGACAGCCCUCAUGAAUGAGACGGGGGUAAGAAUCAACAUCCCUCCUCUUUCAGUGCAGAAAGAUGAAAUCAUUAUUACAGGAGAAAAGGAAGGAGUGAUGACAGCCAAAGAGCGGAUUCUCAGCAUCUAUCAAGAAAUGGAGAAGAAAUGCACGAUUGUGUCAGUAGAAGUUCCAAAGUCACAACACAAGCAUGUGAUUGGUCACCGUGGCAACACCAUUGCAGAAAUCUUGCAAACUACCGGAGUCAGUGUAGAGAUGCCUCCUAAUGACUCUAGUAAAGGCACUAUCACCCUUAGAGGUCCUCAUGACAAGCUUGGUCUUGCCCUGAACAUGGUGUAUGAGAAGGCACAUAGUGUUAUCACAGCUACUGUGGAUGCUCCAAAUUGGAUUCACAAGUACAUCAUUGGGCGUAAGGGUGCCAACAUACGUCGCUUCACACAAGACCUAACAAAGGUGCACGUUGAAUUCACUGACAAGGAGGACAGAAUUAAGAUUGAAGGACCGCCAGAGGAAGUAGAGAGAGCUCAGGCUUCUUUAGAAGAUAUGGCAAGAGACCUGAUAUCGAAGUUAACAUUUGUGGAGAUGACAGUUGAUCCAAAGUACUACAAACACAUCAUUGGAAAAAAUGGUGCUAAUGUUAAUCGGAUGAAAGAUGAACUUGGAGUGGUAAUUAACAUCGCAGAAAAUGAUAGUAGCAACCUAAUUCGUAUCGAAGGCAUCAAAGCUGGCGUGGAAAAGGCAAAGCAGGAACUCGAAGAUAUGGUUCAUAAAUUGGAAAAUGAAAAGGAGAGGGAUAUCAUCAUAGAUCAUCGCUUCUACAGAACUAUCAUUGGUAGUAAAGGAGACAAUAUCCGUGAAAUUCGGGAAAUGUUCAAUCAAGUCCAGAUAACAUUUCCUGGCCCAGGGGAAAAUCGCGAUGUUGUGAAGAUCCGCGGUCCUAAAGAAGAUGUGGACAAGUGUUAUAAGCAUUUGAUGAAAAUUGUGAAAGAAUUAAAUGAGAGCAGCUAUGAGACUGAAGUACCAAUCUACAAACAGUUCCACAAGUUUGUUAUUGGUAAAGGUGGUGCCAACAUUCGCAAGAUUCGUGAUGAAACUCAGACCAAGAUUGACUUGCCAGCAGAAGGUGAGAAGAGUGAUGUCAUCACAAUAACCGGGAAGAAGGAGAAUGUUCAGGAAGCCAAGGAGAGGAUUCUGAAGAUACAGAAUGAACUAGAUAACAUAGUAACAGAGGAAAUAGAGAUCCCACCAAAGUUUUACAACUCCAUGAUUGGUGCUGGUGGAAAACUGAUACAUACCAUCAUGGAGGAUUGUGGAGGUGUUGCCAUUAAAUUUCCUCAAGCAGAAAGUCACAGUGACAAGGUGACAAUUCGUGGUCCGAAGGAGGAUGUAAUGAAGGCAGUUCAGCAGCUCCAGGAACUCGCAACAGAACGACAGCUAUCAAGUUACUCAGCCGAAGUUCGUGCUAAACAGCAACAUCACAAAUACCUGAUUGGGAAGAAUGGCGCCAACAUUAAGAAGAUUCGUGAGAAUACUGGUGCUCGCAUUGUGUUCCCUACUGACAAGGAUGAAGAUAAGGAGGCCAUAACUAUCAUUGGGAAACAGGAGGCAGUUGAACGUGCCAAAGCAGAGCUUGAGGCAAUUAUAAAAGAAAUUGACAAUAUUGUUGAAAGUGACAUGAGUGUGGAGCCAAGACAUCACCGACAUUUUGUGGCUCGACGUGGAGAAGUCCUUAAUCGCAUCUCAGAUGAGUGCGAUCAUGUAAUGAUCUCUUUCCCCCGCCCAGGGGUGCAGAGUGAUAGGGUGGUCCUGAAGGGAGCGAAGGAUUGCAUUGAAAUGGCAAAACGGAGGAUUCAAGAAAUUGUUGCUGAUCUGGAAUCCAUGGUCACUAUAGAGUGCAUAAUUCCUCAGAAGCAUCACCGUACUGUCAUGGGUGCGAAAGGAUGCAAGGUGCAGGGAAUCACAUAUGAGUUUUGUGUGAACAUUAAGUUCCCUGACCGUGAUGCCCAAGAGGAGUAUCAUAAUCACCAGGAUGAGGGGCAACAACCAAAUGGUAAUGUGGAGGAACAUGAGCCUGUACGUGUGUGUGAUGUGAUCCGUAUCACCGGAAAGCGAGAAAACUGUGAAGCAGCUCAGAGAGCGCUCUUGGAUUUAGUACCUGUUACUGUUGAGGUUAAUGUUCCCUUUGAUUUUCACCGUUCUAUCAUUGGCCAGAAGGGAAGAGAUGUACGUGAACUCAUGGAAAAGUAUGAUGUUCAUAUUGUAUUGUCCCCAGCAGAUCAGCGACUGGAUAUUAUAAAGAUAUCAGGUACUCCAGCCUGUGUUGAAAGAGCAAAAGAAGCAAUUGAGGAGCGAUGCAAGGAGCUCGAAGCCGAGAGGCAAGACCGCAUUUUGAAAUCAUUUGAACUAAAGAUUGAAGUCGACCCAGAAUACCAUCCUAAGAUUAUUGGGAGGAAAGGAGCUGUUAUCUCCAAAAUUCGAUCUGAUCAUGGUGUACAGGUCAAUUUCUUAAAGAAGGGUGAUCCUGAGGAACAUAUCAUAACCAUCACUGGGUACGAACAGAACACACUAGCAGCCAGGGAUGACAUCAUGAAGAUUGUCAACGAAUGGAAUAACAUGGUGAAGGAGGAGGUACACAUUGAUGCUCGAGUCCACUCAAGACUCAUUGGUGCCCGUGGACGCAAUAUACACAAGAUCAUGGAACAGUAUAGUGUUGAUAUCAAGUUCCCAAGAAGCACAGACACUGAUCCAAACAUUGUCACUGUGAUUGGUGCUGAAGAAAAUGUUUUGGAUGCCAGGGAUUGCCUCUUAAACCUGGAAGAAGAAUAUAUGCAGGAUGUAAAUGAUGCUGAGAUGAGGGAAAGUUAUCGUCCCAGUUUCAGCCGUGGUGAAGAUGGUGGUUCUUCCUUAGGCCAUGGUGGAGGAGUUACUGGUUUUGUGGUGAAAGGAGGACCCUGGGAACAACGUGCUCCUGAUACAGCCAGCACAUCCGAGUUUCCAUCUUUUGGAGGUGGUGGAGAAGACCCACAAUGUGUCCCUUCCCCAUCAGGUGCCUGGGGCCCUCGUCGUUAAGAUUGUUUACCCUGGUUUAUGUUUAUAUUGUCCUAAGAAUGGCUGCAGUUUUUCUGUUGAUAUUUCUUUUCAAUAGUGAACUUGUCUUAGCAAAGAAAUGCUACAUUUUAAGUUAUAAUUUAAGGAGAGGGUUUAUCAUUUCACAACUGUUUUUGCAUCUGUUCAUCUUCAAUGAAAAUGACAAAUUGAUAGAAUACUCAGAAACUCAUUUCAUUGAAAACUUCAGCACAUUCUUAGGUGGAAGAUAUUAACAUGCCAUUAUUCAGUUAUCUUUAGGAAGUGAACUGAAGAUAGUUAACACAACGUAUACACCAUUUAGAUUGGGUUUGAUCAUUUUUAUUGUCCUUGUUGUAGCAAUUAAAUAUGGGAUUAUAUAGAAUGAGAAUGGCUUUGUCGUUGGCCUAAUUAAGGGUGUUUGUACUGUAAUGAAUUAGUAUAAUGAAUUAUACAGCAUGUUGGUCCCUUGGAUGAUUGCAUUGGCAACUAUUAGUAAGGCAGCCCAAAACUGCAAAUUUUAUAUUCAAUUUAUAAAUGUAUUCUGAUGUCAUUCAGUAUUCACCUUUUAUGUUAACUUGAUACCUUUUCCAGCAGUUUGGGCUCCACUAUUGCAUCUUGAGACAUAAUCACAUUAGCAAUACCCGAGCAUAGAGGAUGAAAUGAUACACUGUCAGAACAGGUUGAAAUUAAUUUAGUAUAAAUGAUAAAAGAACUCAAAGAGUAUGUGAUUAAUUUAAAGAAAAAAGUCAUUAAUUAUAUUGUUGGUAUAAUGAGAUAGUCUUUCUCAAGGGUGACCAGUCUCCUCACCAAGAAUGUGUAAAUUGAAUUAGGCAACAAUGUUGAUGACGUAUACAUUAUUUGGGUGGUGGCUUCCCUGUCCCUCACUGACUGCUGCAUUAAUGACCCUGGCCUGAUAUCUCUGGACUCCGAGACUUGGUAUUUGCUGAUUGGAUGUUAAUUCAAAGGUCUUCCCUUACUUCCCCCCCCCCACCAACCAUACCUAUGCCCCAUUUAUAUAGAUAAUUUAACAUUUCCAUCCACAUUUAUGGAUGACAAGGAAACCGUUACUGAGCCAUGAUAGGUAUGAGAUUUGGGGGGUGGUUUCUCUACAUUACUUUCCCAAAUGUAGUUCAGCAGAUAAUUUCACAGGAAAGCUAGUUGCAGCUUACUGCCCCCCCCCCCCCUGUACAUGGAAAAUUGAAUCUGGUUAGAUAUUUUUCAUUUACAGUUUUUAUGAAAGACAUCCCGGUGGCUCAGAAAGUGGAAAGCUGCAACACACUUGGCUAAGUGAUCACGGUACUUACAUAUCGAUGUGUAGACUAAAGAAACAUUUCAUGGCUUCCGCACAGAUGGCCUUCUGCUUAUCAGAUAUACUGUAACAAGGCCUAGUGGUACUGUAAAUAUGAGAAUUGCUUCUUGUGCAUACAUGUGCAGAUGGUGGUUGGUAUCUGAGUCAAGUUGAACAUGUAUGUGUGUAUGGUGGGACUAGUUCAACUUGUGUGUAUAUAUAGUAUAUGAAGUAAUAUAUUGUUGCCAUCCCAAGUUUUUGAAUCAGAAAUCAGUCUCUUUUCCACAAUGCCUACAUUUGGUUGGGAAACUAAACUGAAAAUGUGAAGAAUUGCCAGGUCUGCCCAUGACUAUAUUGAGCACGUCUAAGCUACAAAACACAGGUCCUCUCAGGCUCUAUUUCGACAAGUCUUGGUUUUUUGCCAGGAUGGUGAAGUGCACUGAUUGGUCCUUGAUUGUGAUGUGUAUGGUGUAACUUGUUAUUUGGUAACUGACUGCUUUAUAUAGUGUGUGGUAAGAUGAAACAAACUCGUUAGUGCUUACAUCAGAUGCAAUGAAGCGAUUACAUGCAUUCAUAGGAUUGCUGUGUUCUGUUGUGCUUUUGUCAUAGAAGUUCUGAAUUUUUUAUCAUUAUUAUUGUAAUUAUUGCAGGCGGGGACACAAAAACAUGGAAGUUUGUGCCUUGACCGAAGUAGCCUCCGGAUUUCUAAAAGCAAGCAUUCAUUCCCCCCCACCCCACCAAAUCACUGGAUUUGAAAUAUGGGACUUAUAUAUAUAUAUUUUUUUUAUUUUCCCUUUCUUGCUAUUUCUGAGAACACAACUGCCUUAGGAUAAUAAUAUGGGUGAAGGAGGUGAACUUUUACCAUAUAUAUGUUGUUAUUGUAAUUAUUAUUUCUACUACUACCAGUGCUACUAAAACAGAUUAGACAUUUAUCCAUUGUUGAGUUUAUAUACACAAAGACUAUACCAUACAAACUUUUCAAUUGAUAUUCAGUAAUCCUUACUGCUGUGUGAUACCGAAGUUUGUACUCCCCUAGGAUUCAUGUAUUAAUGCAUGUAUCACUGUUAAAGAAAUGUGGUGCUAUAUGAGGCAAGGAUCCAAGUGGAAGUUGAGAAUUGAAAAUAAAAAUUGAUAUGUUACAAA